ACAUCUCCUCCACUCGCAGCCCACCAAAAAAACAGUGUGAGCCCUUUUAUUCAACCCAAAGUCCCUCUCUCUCUCUUCAUCAGCUGUUUUCCGCCUCACACCGAACCAUCUCCAAGCAAUGGCGGCGGCUACGACCACUGCUGCUUCACUAGCCUGUGCCCACUUCUUAAAUCAGACCAAGGUCCACGCGUUUCCGUCCAAAACCUCCGUGCAAGUCUCCCAAAUCAUCGAUGGGAGGAAGAUGAGAAGUGCCACUCUCUUCUCAGCCGCUUCAACCGAUAAAGCCAUCACCACUGCUCAGUCUGUCUCGUCCACUGCAUGUGAUAGAGUGAGGAGGCAUACGAUCUCGGUGUUCGUGGGUGACGAGAGCGGUAUAAUCAACCGUAUAGCUGGAGUGUUUGCUAGAAGAGGGUACAACAUUGAGUCUCUCGCUGUGGGAUUGAACGAAGACAAAGCUAUGUUUACUAUUGUUGUUCUUGGCACUGACAAAGUCUUGCAGCAAGUUGUUGAACAGCUUAACAAACUCGUCAACGUCAUCAAGGUUGAAGAUCUCUCCAAGGAACCGCAUGUGGAACGUGAGUUAAUGCUGAUUAAGCUUAACGCUGAUCCAACCACUCGCUCUGAGAUCAUGUGGUUGGUGGAUAUCUUUAGAGCAAAAGUGGUGGAUACUUCGGAUCACACUCUAACGAUCGAGGUAACUGGAGACCCGGGAAAGAUGGUUGCACUAACAGCGAACUUAGAGAAGUUUGGAAUAAAAGAAGUCGCUAGAACUGGGAAGAUUGCUCUGAGACGGGAAAAGAUGGGAGAAACUGCUCCAUUCUGGAGAUUUUCAGCUGCAUCAUACCCACACCUCGUAAACCAAUCAUCUCAUGAGACUGUUGCAGCGAACACAAAGCGAGCGUUGACUGGUGGAAAUGGCACUGCAUCAUCUGGGGGUGACGUUUAUCCAGUGGAGCCUUAUAAUGAUUUCAAACCGGUCCUUGAUGCUCAUUGGGGAGUGGUCUACGAUGAAGAUUCGGAUGGUCUGCGGUCCCACACGCUAUCUAUACUUGUAGCCAACGUUCCUGGAGUUCUCAAUCUAAUAACAGGAGCUAUCUCCAGGAGAGGUUAUAACAUCCAGAGUCUAGCGGUUGGUCCUGCUGAGAAAGAGGGCUUGUCUCGGAUCACUACAGUUAUCCCUGGAACUGAUGAAAACAUCGACAAGUUGGUGAGGCAGCUUCAGAAGCUGAUUGAUCUUCAUGAGGUUCAAAAUAUAACCCACAUGCCAUUUGCGGAGCGAGAACUGAUGCUCAUCAAAGUAGCUGCUCAUACUUCUGCAAGGAGAGAUGUUCUCGAUAUCGCUCAAGUGUUCCGAGCCAAAGCCAUUGAUGUCUCUGAUCAUACUAUCACUCUUGAGGUUACAGGAGAUAUCAGAAAGAUGGCUGCAUUACAAACGCAGUUAGAGGUCUACGGAAUCUGCGAGGUGGCUAGGACAGGAAGAGUGGCAUUGGUCAGAGAAUCGGGAGUGGAUUCGACUUACCUUCGUGGAUACUCUCUUCCUUUGUAGUUCCAAAGAGGACUUGCCACCUGUUACUGGACUUGCACGUUGUUUCACCAUUGUGUGAAUGGAUUAUCUCCUCAUGGUCAUGGCAUUUCGAGUUGUUGUUGUUGUAGGACUUAUAUUAGAGAAUGUGGAAGAAUAUAUGUUUGUUUAGUCAAUUAGUCAUCACUACUUUUCGAAAAUGUAAAAACACUCUCUAUCUCUAGUUUAUCCAAUAAUCAUAAGCUUUCGAAGGCUUGUAAUAAA